UUAGGUCACUUCCGGGAGGGAGGAGCUCCGCGGUGCUUGUGUGAACGGCGAGGGUGGACGGGUAUUCUCUGCAGCCCCAGGGGGCAUGUCAUGGCGGAGGAGGGCUGAGGAGAGCACAACGGAGACAGGAUAAUGAGCACCUGUCGCUGGUGCACACCUGGGGGCUCUGUCACAGCAGAUCUGCUGAAGAGCUAUGCUGCUAAUGGACUACAAAAUGAGGAUUUUAUUGGCGCCAACGAUGACCUCUCCUAUUGCAUGGAAUGUGUGGUGGAAUACCACAGAGCCAGAGAUGUCGUUCCAGAGCUUCACAAGUCUCUGUGGACCUUGGAAACAUCACGGCUUAUUGCACAGUUGGAGAAUGCAAUGCGGGAAGAGAUUGAGGAUGACGAUGAGCUCUAUCUAGUUGAAGAAGAUGGAGAGAAACAACUCUAUGGCUACAGUGACUGCAGUUUUGAGAGCAAUGUCCGGGUACCAUUAUUGGAGAUCCUCAAGUUUCCAUAUUUGCUUGUUGACAAACGUGUUGGUGAACUUACUGUUGAGGCCUUGUGCAAGAUGGAACAAGUUAAUAACACAUUCCAGGUAUUCGAAAAACUUCCUGGUGUAUACCUACUUCUAGUACAUCCCAAUGAGACGAUCCGCCGCUGGGCCAUUUUGACUGCCAGAGCACAGGGGAAGGUGGAUCGGGAUGAUUAUUAUGAUUUGGAGGACGUUUUCACCUGCCUUUUUAAGGUCAUUGAGCUUGGCCUGUUUGAAAACUCUGACAUUUAUAUGUUUACUGAGCUUGAAGAGGGAAAGCUGAUUCUCCUGCCAUCACAUUUGUACGACACGUCUAAUUUCAAGAACUACUGGCUGGGUAUUUGCAUGUUGCUGACAGUACUUGAAGAACAGGCCAUGGCAUCAUUCUUGCUAGGGCCUAACAAGCAGAACGAUUUUAUGCAGUCUAUUCUUCACGUUAUGGAAAAGCAAACAGAAGAUGAAAGCUCAAACCCCUUUUGGCCUGCUCUUCACUGCUUCAUGACCAUCCUCGAUCGCUUGGGUUCCAAAGUAUGGGGGCAGCUCAUUGAUCCCAUUCAGGCAUUUCAGACUAUCAUAGGGAGCCAAAGUUACAACAGCGAGAUUGAAAACAUCAGGAAAAACUGUUGGAGGACGACAAAGUGUGAGCUCGAUCCAGAUGAUGAUGACUUUGUGACAUGUAGCCAAGCUGUGUACAGUUUUAAUACUGAAAAAGUUAAAAAGGAAGCUGGUUGGAAAAGUGCAAUUUGCCCAGACUAUUGUCCUAAUAUGUAUGAAGAUAUGCAGAGCCUUGCUAGCAUACUCCAAUCAGACAUUGGUCAGGAUAUACGUGUCCACAAUAGCACCUUUCUAUGGUUCAUUCCUUAUGUUCAAUCUGUCAUGGACCUUAAAGACUUGGGAGUUGCUUACAUUAUGGAAGUGAUUCACCACCUGUACUCUGAAAUAAAGGUGGUCUUCACUCAGGCAAGCAGCCAGUGUGACAAAGUGACAGAAUUCUUUGUCAGAGUCUUGGUUGCCAUCGUUGAACUGCAUCGAAGUAAAAAGUGCCUUCAUUUCCUCUGGAUUAGCUCUCACAAGUGGGUUGAAGCCAUUGUCAAGUGUUCCCUUCUUCCAGUCAAAAGCCCAAGAGUUACAUCCACCUCGGCUUUACCUUCUUCCCCCAUUUCUCAGACUCCUUCUUCUGUGCAAUUUGCUUGCAUGCAAUUAAUAAGGAGCCUUUUACGAGAAGGUUUUCAGUUGGGGCAGCAAGCAGCUUGCAAACAAUAUUUGGACAAAUUCAACCUGAUUAUCAGAGGAAAUUUACUAAGAAACUUGGAUCUUAGCAAGUCUGAGGUUCAAGGAUUGCAAACCUGUCUCACUCAAAUCAUCAAAAGUAUUAAGGACAAGGUAUGCAGCAUUCCUAGUUCUUCCGCUGAUCAAAGUCCAGCAAGCCUGAUCCAGGCUGUACCCUUUAUUAAGACAGAAAAAAUGGAUGUGGAAUGUUAUGGAUCCAGCAUUACUUCUCCACAUAACUUACCUGAUGUUCCUCUCCACCCCUUAGAACAUAGGGAACAAUUAAAAAUGAAUAUAAAAAAAGAGUCGCCUGACUGUAGUUCAUACCUAAAGACCCAUAUUAAACCGGAAAAUUUCGAUGAUGCAAGUACUUCCAUUUCUGCCCAAAAGGAACCAAAAAGACUGGCAGCAGGAUGGCAAUCCAAAUUAUCUAAAGUCAUUGCAAAAGCUCCAAGCUUGAAGCCAACCACAGCAAAUGUAGUGGCUGAAAGUAAAAUAAGCAGCAGUGAAGGGAACUCCAGCACUGCACAAAGAGAAUAUAAAACGGCUAAAGAGCAGAAAGAUUUGUUGCUAAAAGCAAAAAGUUGCGGUAAUGAAAGUGAGUCAGAUGAUUUAAAUGACGGUGAUGAAAACCUAUCUCAGAAAGAGCGUGUCAAAAAAUGUGUGGACAGAAGUCAACAGACCAAUACUGACCGUCUUCCUGUAAGUGAGCAACUUCAAAGGCUGUCUUUAGACAACAACCCAGCAUUCCGACCCAUAAAGAGAGAAUUUCAAGAGGUUGCAGAGGUCAGCUCUUCCAGCUUUGUAGAAAGCAAUAUUGACUCUGACUCUGUAGUCGACAGUGAAAUAGAUGAUGCUCUUCCCUUGUCUGUGGUUAAGAAAAAGCUUCUAAGGAAAAAUUCCAAAAAGUCAGCUCUUAUAAAAACUAAAAUGAAUCGCGAUUACACAGCAGAGGUGGCACAGAUGAAAGAUUCCAGUUUUUCUGCUGAUUCAAAUCAGCAGGGGUCUGAUGUACCAGAAUAUUCUCUAAAGAGGAAAGUUAAAGGGGCAACUAGAGCUAUUAGGGAUGAUGAUAUUUCCUCCAAAGCAAAAUCUGAUCAUAUUAUAACAAUCUCAGAUGACACUGACCCAGAAGAAGAACCAGUUUGCAGAUCUAUUUCAAUACAAAAGCAGGACACUGGUCAAGAUGCUUCAGAAAAACCAAUACAGAGACCAGAUCAAGUCAAGUCUGAGCCUGGCAAUCCAAGCUUUGAGGAGUAUGAUUCACAAUGUUUUGAAUUUGAAACCGAGGAUGAUAUAUAUUCUGUGUGGAGUGAUUCACAGUUGGAGGAGACGAAGCCUAAUAUUCAAGAAAAUAAAUCCUCGAGGCCAGAGACCAACAAUAUUGAGGACUUUGACCAAAACAAUGAUCUCAAUCAGUGGGGGUAUGACACCGACUAUGUUUCUGAUGAUAUAAUAGAGAAUGCAGCUAAAGAUGCAGAACAGCAAUUUAAACUAUCAACCACUACUGGAAACACUCCAUCUAGUAAAGAUCAUGGUGUUAAUAAAGCACCACAUGAGACUGUGAAUUCCAGCGUGUUUUAUGAAAAAAUAUCUCAUGAGUUUGUCGCAGAAACGGACACUAAAAUAAAAAAGCCCAAAUUGGCUAAAGAACCAGUUUCUUUCCAUGCCAAAAGUAGGAACACAAAAUCUCCAGCAACACAAAGGAAACUGCAAACUGGCAAAGCAAACAAAGCUGAAAGUCCUUUAAAAGGCCAGGGACAUGUUAGGAGGAAUGGAAGCCCGGGUAAAGCUUCCCCUGCUGUGGUGCCACCAAAGAAAAUGCACAAGUGUCCUGAACCAGCUUCCACUGUUGAAAAACUAAGCUUAAAAAAGGCUCCCCGCAAAGCUUUUGAUCUGUCUCAAAGAUCCCUUGAUAGCUUGGCCGAAUUACGGAAUUAUGGCAAGUCUGCGGGACUUGUUGAGACUAGAAAGCGUAAAUCAAAACUGAUUUCACCACAGUCCCUUUUAGUAAAAGGUAAUAAGUAUUUGGCUUGCCAGGAUAAACAGUUUUAUCGACAGUCCAGGCCUAAGGAGACAGAGAAAAAGAGAUUGAGUAGUGAUGCUGAAAUCGAUGACAAAAAUGCAGGUAUGGCAACAAAGCAAAGUGGACACAAGCUAGGGGAUCAGACUUCUCUUCCAGGUCAGAUGAACAGAACAGAGAAAAUGGAGAGGGCAAAACAGCAAGAACCCCAAAGAAAGGAGAUUAUGGAUGCAGAAAAAGGGUAUAUGGGCAGUUCUGAAACGAAAGAUACUGAAACGAAUGACCAUCCUGUUGCUGGGUUAGUGCCACAGUCAAGUUUGCAAGAGAAUGUCAAUGCUCAGCCUACCAUGCCAUGUACUCAUGAUCCUAAAGAUGACGAUGAUGAUGACUUGUUUUUAACACAGGCAGAUCCAAUUGAUAUGGAUUUGUGCUCACAGUUGGAGACUGAUAUACAUGUUGGCAAACCCCAAGAUAUCUGUUCGUCCAGUGCGGUUGAUCAUUCGACAUCAGUUCCCCAGCAGAUGGAUGUAUCAAAAUGUAGUUUUAAGGACUGCACCGAGUUUGUCACAGUUUCUGGUGAUAAGUGUCCUAUACAUUCUGCUGCUGAGAAAAAAGAGGAUCACAUGUUUGCUCGCCCUGGUUUGCCUCCUUCUCUUCAAAAAGUAUCCAGACCUUCCACUGCUAAAGUUUAUAGUUCUGGGACAACUUCUCGAACUGCCAGCCUUACAAAAGAUCUUGAAAGUCUCCCAAAGCACCUACCUACUGCAAAAGCUAAACCAUCAGUGCCUAGACCAACUGUGCAAUCUCCUGCCCAAAACAAGACCCCAGUUUAUCAGAGUACAAGCAAUGUGCUGAAACCUCUGAUCAACCAAAACAACAUCCCCAUACAGUGCAGUUCUAAUUCUGUUCAAGGGACCAGAAUGAAUCCUGCUGCAAUCCGAACACCACAGUGGGACCAGACCUGGUUACUGCAACAAGUGCUGAACUGGACUUUUGACAUGUUUGACAACAUUGGACAGUUUGGGCCCCCCAACAAACUUUGUCAGUUGCCGUUGUUAAAAGUACCGCUCAGGUUUUCAGAUUACGCAGAGUACUUCAGUGUCUUUUGCCCAUUGAUGCUUCUGAACACGUUUGAAUCGCUGGCACAGGAAUGGGCAUUAAAACAACCUUCACUGACUUCCUACUUGUGCAAGCUUCACUUGCAAAAUUUCUACAGUGAAAACCAGAUGAACAGAGGAGAAUUCCAAGUCUUGAUUCGAAAUGUGGAUUUAAAUAUGCAGUGGCUCCCAAAAGAAGGCGAUCUUGUAUUCCUGCUAGUGCCUGAGCCUCCAGGCACAUCGCCCAGAGAAGAGAGUGAGUCACAAGGACCCAUAACUUACAACACUGGUCAUGUGUCCCGUUUUACGCGCACUCAAUACACACAGACCUUGGAGAAGGAGCAGUACACACUGUGUGAGCUGAGCAUUCACACCCAUAUAAAUCUCUUGCCUUACUGCAAGCAACAAGUACAGUGUGCAGUGAUUGGCAGCUUGAUAACUACUCAGAGGCAGUACAAAGCUAUGAUUCAGCUGCAGAGGAACCCUUUAUUUAAGCCUAUUAUCUGUCCUACCCCAAAUGAUUUCCUUCCACGAAAUAAGCUUGAAAACCAGGGCAAUUUGCUUCCCGUUUCGAGAGAGUACAACAGUGACCAAAGAAACGCCAUUGAGAAUGCCUAUGCUAUGGUGACACAGCACCCCCGAUUGCCAAGAAUAUGUAUGAUCUAUGGACCUCCUGGCACUGGAAAAUCCAAGACUAUUGUUGGCCUGCUCUAUAGAAUUCUCAUGGAGAGUAAUAUUACAGAUCAGAACUUCAAUGCCAAGAACAAGAGAAACCGAGUACUUGUGUGUGCCCCAUCCAACGCUGCCCUGGAUGAUCUGAUGAAGAAGAUCAUAUUGGAGUUUAAGGAAAAAUGUCGUGAUAAGAAGAAUACUCUGGGAAACUGUGGUGACAUUAACUUGGUCAGGUUGGGUUUCGAGAAGACCAUUUCUUCGGACGUUGUGAAAUUUAGUCUGGACUGCCAAGUGAACUACAGAAUCAACAAAGCUUCUCAGGAUCUCGCUGUGAUCAAGCAGAAGGAAGCGUUGGAUAAACAGCUGGAUGAAUUAUCCCAUCAGAGAGCUAUGGAAAGGUGUCACAAGAACACGUGUGAAGAGUUGGAUCAGAAAAUUGCCAGACUGACAAGGGAGAGGCAGUAUGUAGCCAAUGUGCUAAAGGAGCAACGUAGAAGGCCUCAGGAGUUUCAGCGGAAUGUCAUUUUGGAGUCUCAUGUCAUUUGCUGCACACUGAGCACCAGCGGUGGCAUCCUAUUGGAAUCGGCCUUCAGGCAGCUGGGACAAGAGCCAUUCAGCUGUGUCAUCGUGGAUGAGGCUGGACAGUCAUGUGAAGUGGAGACGCUCAUUCCACUCCUCCACCGCUGUUGUAAAUUGGUGUUAGUGGGAGAUCCAGAACAGCUUCCACCAACUGUUAUAUCAAUGAAAGCAGAGGAACUAGGUUAUGGGCAAUCUUUGAUGUCUCGGCUCUGCCAAAUCUUAGAAGCCUCUGGCUCCAAUCCUCCAAUCCAACGGCUGACAUUACAAUAUCGUAUGCACCCUGAUAUUUGCCUCUUUCCUUCCAAACACUUUUACAACUCAAUACUGAAAACUGAUAGGGCAACAGAGGAAAUCCGGUGCUCCUCAGACUGGCCAUUCCAACCUUACAUGGUAUUUGAUGUUUCUGAUGGUUAUGAAACGAAAGAGAAGGAGUCCUUCUCCAACCUAUCCGAAAUCGAAAUGGCAGUGGCCCUAAUAAAGCUUAUUAAGAGCAAGAAAAAGGAGUUCUGCUUCCGAAAUAUUGGCAUCAUCACCCCGUACCGUGCUCAGAAAAUCAGGCUUAUUGCUGAGCUUAAGAAAACCUUUGGUGAUAACUCAAUGCCAGGCGAAGUGGACACAGUUGAUGGUUUCCAAGGUCGACAAAAAGAUUGUAUAAUUGUCACAUGUGUACGAGCCAACUCAAUCCAAGGCUGCAUUGGAUUUUUGGCCAGUAGACAGCGUUUAAAUGUGACAAUUACAAGAGCCAAAUUCAGCCUUUUCAUCCUAGGAAGCCUCCGAACACUGAUGGAGAACAAGGACUGGAACCAUUUAAUCCAAGACGCCCAGCGUAGAGGUGCUCUUGUAAAAACAAAGCAGGAACAUUACCAGAGAGAUGUGAACAGAAUACUGAAAUUGAAGCCUGUAGUACAGAGGACUACUUCUUUUCCUCACACUAAACCAGUAGUAGUCCACACACCUCCAGUGGAAGCACCAUGCAGAGGCAUCAAUACUCUAUCAGUACCACCUCCCAGGAGACCUAUAGCUCACCCAGCUGUAGCUGUAAGGCAGCACAAUUCCAGGUCUCUGUCAGUACCCCCGAUGUCGGAAAAGAAAAUGCCCAGCCAUGUGGGACCUCCUUCUAUUCCUUUAGCAUCAAGUGGAAAGCUGCGAGAUCCCAGACUGGCACGCCGGUGUGAAUUAACACGGAGUAACAGCACACCACCAUCUAGUCUGCAGCAGAGUUCUGAUAAAAAUGUUUCCCAAAGUCGCGUCUAUCAGAACUUUCCUCCAACUUCAGUCACAGGAGUCAAACGACCUUCGCAGCCUGCACACAGAGAUCCGAGGUCCAGCCAACUACGAAAUGAAGGCCGAGAUCACGACUAUCGAGGUCAUAAAGACCAGGAAUACAAGAAAAGGAAAGUCUCUUAGCAGUGUUAUAGACUACCAGCGACUGAAUAGUAUUUUACAAUGGCCCUCUUAUGAACUUUCAUGAGUAAUCUGUGUAUAUUGGGAAUGCCCAACACUGCAGCUGUAGAAAGAAAGAUUAACGAAUGCUCUCUAUGCAAACGCUCACCCGGAGAAAUAAAUUCCUAUCUUAUAACAGAAAGGGGAAAGGGAUUUUUGUACAAUAAAAUGUAUGUAGUUAUGUAAUAUAGCUGUGCUAAGAUGUAAAGACCGUAUUUUAUUCUAAAUGAGGGUUUUAGAAUGUUACUUUAAGCCAUACACAGUAAAACAGGUCGCUAUCACAAACUCAAUAAACAUGUUUGUAGUAGAUUGAGUUUUCAGUGCCACUUGCAUUCAAUUUCCUGCGCCAGUUCUAUUGUCAGUGCUUUGCAUCAAGGCUGCAGUGUUUCUGCCAACGGAAUUUGCAGCUUAUGUUGUUCAUGGUGGAAAAGUCUUCUGUGUAUUGAGACUUUCCUGAAACCUAUAUAGCCAUGGAUAACAGAGAAUGCAUGGAAGGUAUUGGGAACACAUGUUGGCUGCCCCACUUGAAACCUAAGACAAAGUUGACAGACUUUCAGAUAUUUACAUAUUCUUUAAGUGUAGAAUGUUUAAAAUCCCCCUGACUUUUGUAGUUGUAGGCACUGUAAAGUAAUUUUUUACUUCAAGUAGUUUAGCUGAUUCUGCUCUCCCCUCCCAGUCGUGACUUGGCAGUCCUCUAAUCUUUAUAAUAAAAUAGCAGGUGCACAGGAGGGGGAGAAAGCAAAGUACUUUGGCCUUACUUGAACUGCUAAUCUUUAAUUGUGAGGAUGAAUUGCUCCACAGUGCCUGCGGUUAGGUCAAUGAAAGCAUGUUUAAACUUCAUUUAUUGAAAAUGCUUGAAUGUCCUUAACCUGGCCACAGGUUAACUUUAAACGUAAAUAUUAUGAUUUAAAAAAACAUAAAAUGGUUAAUAAAUUCAGAGUAUAGCCAGCUGAAAAAGGGGUUGUAAACCCUCAUAUUUUUUCACCUUCAUGCAUCCUAUGCAUGAAGGUGAAAAAACAUCUAACAAUUGCCAGCCCCUGUUUUACUUACCUGAGCCCUGGAAAGUCCCGCGUCGAACGUGCUGGAUCUUUGCCUGGGGUUCUCAGCUCUUCAUUGGAUCGAUUGAUGGGAGCGCAGCCAUUGGUUCCUGCUGCUGUCAAUCAAAUCCAAUGAGGCGGGGGGCGAGGCAGAGUCCUGGACGCCGAAUGCAGGACUCGGGAGCGCGCCCGCAAGGUAACCCCCUUGGAAGAGCGCUUUCCAGAGGGGGUUAUUCGAAUCGGGGAGAAGCCGAGAGAGCCGCUGAGGGACCCCAGAAAACAGCGUUCGGGGCCACUCUGUGCAAAACGAGCUACACAGUGGAGAGGAGUAAGUAUGAACAAAAAAUGUAACCUAUAGUGUCACUUUAAAUCUUUUCUUGACCUGCAAAGGUUGACAUGGACUCAGCAUUAUGAGUGCUCAUAUUGUUUAGAGGUUGCAUACCCAUUUGGAGAGGAUUGAGAGGCAGUUGUGUUAACUUUAGAGCAAAAAUUUGUAUUUAACUUUCUCUUGCUAAAUCUCAGAAUCCAAUGAUCAUUUAUAUGUGGCUUUUAAUGAAGGUAACCUCAACUUCUGUGAUGGGUUUUUCUUUUCCUUUUUUUUUUUUUUCCUCCAUCAUGUACUCCUUUUGAAUGACCUCCGUCAUGACCAGAUUGACUUCAAAUGCUGGAGAAGGGACUAGAUACUAUACUUCCAGUUAAACUGAGCAAUCCUAAUUUAACUGCACACGGUUGUCUAAAACAAAUCGAAAAAUUACAUUUUUACUCAUGCACUUAAUUUGUGUUUUUUUUUUUUUUUUAAGUUUAGACAUGCCCUUCUAUUUUUAUACCGCUCUCAUUCAGCGUCUUUUUUUUUACACCCUUUGGAUCCACAAAUCCACUUCUGUAUAACUGCUCUGUUGGAUUUUCUCCUUUCAUGCUGUAGCCAGCAGCGCUCAUCAGUGUUGUCUAAUGGAUAAUUCUCUCCACUGUCAGAAUACAAUAACUUAGCAGAAGGAUUUCCUGAUCCACCUUAAAUAAGUUGUGUUUUUUUUUUUUAUAUAUAUUUAUAUAUAUAUAUAUAUAUAUUUAAUCUUCUGGUUAAACAAAAAAAAAACGGACUUCUGUAUGGGCUGCCUUUAUAGACCGAAAUCCAUUACUGCAGGGAGUACAGUUGCUGACUAUGCUAAUACUGUUCUGUUUGUCUUUCCCUGAAUUAACCAAAAGAGAAAGAUAAAACAAAAGCACUUGUGUGCUUCGGCUAUUUUCAUGUUCAUUUGGGGGGGGGGGGGGCAGGAUUAUGAAGGUGCACAAAUACCCAAUUCAAGAUUUUUAUAUAAAAUAGGCACUCACUCUUGAGCUUGAUUUCCCAAAGUUAUCUUUCAGGAUGUAAGUUUUGUAAUUAACAUGAAUGUCUAAGCUCUUACAACAUUGUUGUAGUCACCAAAAUUGUAAAUAUUUGAAACCUAAAAAUUCUAGUCACACUCGAAAGAAAAUUCUAGUUAUACAAUAUGCCCCAAAUGUAUUUCUCUUCUAGAUUUUUAUAUCCAACAUUCAAGACAUUUCAGACAUGUCCGUUAAUCCUGUUUGCAAGGGCUAUAGUCCACUUGCCUGUUUUUUAUAAAGCAUCUACUUUGAUUAUUUUCUUUUGUUGUUGUUUGUUUUGUUUGUUAUAAUUGUAGCUGUGGAGUUUUGUUUUCCAUGUUGAUCAUAUUGGAAAGUCCACAUCACAGUUCCCAUUUGCCGUAAAUAUAAUAAAUGACAAACUUUGUUCCUUUUUUAU